AUGUACACUUUUGCCCCUGACUUGCUUUUACACGUUUUUGAGCUGUUGACCCAGACAAACAUCCGAAAAUCUUCGUGGGAGAAGCUUCCGCAGAGCAAACUCCUUCAGCCCACUCCCAAAGCUCGUUGGCUUCUCCUGCAAGCGUGGAUCACCCAUCCCCCUCCCAAAAUACCGGCUGCCGUUUCACCACCCACCGCUCCCGAAAGGGGAAAAUCGCGCGUCCAUGCUGUAAGAGCUUCAAGUUCCUUUCAUUUUUCUCCCCAUGUGUCGUUCUUUGUUGAUUUCCUUUCGGGUGCCAGCUUCGGUCCUGUGAGUGUGCAGCUGAAGCUAACUUCCCAAGACCUGCGAUUUUGGCGAAGCAACUCGGAUUCUCGUCCAUUCCGGCAUCUGGGGUUGAGUAUGUCUGCAAAUAGUGAUGCAUCGAGUGGCCGUCCAUUAUGUCGCUGUGGAGCUGUAGCGUUCGUAAGGUAUUCCUGGACAAAUGAUAACUACAGCAGAAAGUGGUAUGGGUGCGAAAAGUAUAAGCAAGUUGGUGAUUGUGGCUUCUUUCUUUGGGCUGACAACGAGAUGACAACUUACGAAAAAAGAAUCAUGCGACGCUUGAAGGAUAUAGAAGAGCAAACCCGGGCAGAAAUUGGUAGACUUGAAAAAUUGUUGGCUGCCGAACAAGCACAGUAUAGAACACACCUAGAAAACAUGUUUCAGUCUAGGGAUGAGAUGUGGAAAUCUCUGGUAGCGAAUAACCAGUCUAGGGCAGUCAAGUUCCAAUUUAAACAAAUGACGUAUCAAGCAGUCUUAGCCUUGCUUGUCCUGCUAGUGUUCCUUUAUGUUGGCGGUUACAAUGCAUCUAGUGGUAGCAAGUUGAUGUUAAAAUGAAUUAUUUCAUAGUAA